AUGUGACCUGCCUAGGAGGAAACGCGCCCGGGCUGUGGCUGAGCCGAGCAGCUGCUUUGGUGCCGGAGCUGCAAAGCGGAUCCGGGGCGGUUUAAUUUCAUUUUAUUUCUGGCACAAAGCUCGGCUGCGGAGCGAGGAUGGCCUGGACCAAGUACCAGCUCUUCCUGGCCGGGCUGAUGCUGGUCACCGGCUCCAUCAACACCCUCUCGGCCAAGUAAGUCCGGGUCCCCCCCCCCCCGCCACUGCCUUCUCCUCCUCGUGGGGUGUUCCAGAUGACCUUUGGGGGUCCCUUCCAAGUCGGGGGAUGCUGGGGCGAGGGGUCCAGGCGGGCGGGAUUUGGGGAAGGAGGAGGUCGGGUGGGGGUCUUGUUGCAGUUUGUUGUGUUUUUUUGAAUUUGCAUUUUAUUAUUACAGUGGUACCUCGGGUUACAGACGCUUCAGGUUACAGACUCCGCUAACCCAGAAAUAGUACCUCGGGUUAAGAACUUUGCUUCAGGAUGAGAACAGAAAUCGCACGCUGGUGGUGUGGCGGCAGCAGGAGGCCCCAUUAGCUAAAGUGGUGCUUCAGGUUAAGAACAGUUUCAGGUUAAGAACAGACCUCCGGAACGAAUUAAGUACUUAACCCGCGGUACCACUGUAUUAUUAUUAAUAAUAAUAAUAAUAAUACUUUAUUAUUUAUACCCCACCCAUCUGGCUGGGUCCCCCCAGGCACUCUGGGCGGCUUCCAACAAAACACUAAAAUACAAUAACCUAUUAAACAUUAAAAGCUUCCCUAAACAGGGCUGCCUUCAGAUGUCUUUUAAAGAUAGGAUAGCUGCUUAUUUCCUUCACAUCUGAAGGGAGGGUGUUCCACAGGGAGGGCGCCACCACCGAGAAGGCCCUCUGUCUGGUUCCCUGUAACUUUGCUUCUCGCAAUGAGGGAACCGCCAGAAGGCCCUUGGCGCUCAAUCUCAGUGUAUGGGCAGAACGAUGGGAGUAGAGACUCUCCUUCAGGUAUACAGUGAUACCUCGGGUUACAGACGCUUCAGGUUACAGACUCGACUAACCCUGAAAUAGUGCUUCAGGUUAAGAACUUUGCUUCAGGAUGAGAACAGAAAUUGUGCUCUGGCGGCGCGGCGGCAGCAGGAGGCCCCAUUAGCUAAAGUGGUCUUCAGGUUAAGAACAGUUUCAGGUUAAGAACGGACCUCCGGAACGAAUUAAGUACUUAACCCAAGGUACCACUGUACUGGACCGAGGCCGUUUAUUUGUUAACGUUCUUAUGUUACAUCGGUAAACGUUGUCCUCUUACAUUACAGGACUUGCUAGAAUAUGUAUACAAAAAAUAUAUUUUAUAUAUCUAGAAAGAAAAUGAAACAAAAAUAAAAAGAACAGAGGAAAAAACAAAAAUAAUUUCCCCUCCCCAAAAUCAUAUACAUACCAACACACUAGACUUCCUGUCUUUCCCGUUGUAUAUUCCUUUUUUAUAAUAACUUAUAAUAAUAAUAAUUUAUUAUUAAUACCCCGCCCAUCUGGCUGGGUUUCCUCAGCCACUCUGGGCAGCUUCCAACAGAAUACUAAAAUACAAUAACCUAUUAAACAUUAAAAGCUUCCCUAAACAGGGCUGCCUUUAGAUGUCUUCAUUUUACAAAUGAAUGUGCUCUUAUUAUUGUAUAUUUCUUUACAUAUUAUCUAAUACAUUCCUAUAUGUGCUCUUAGUCUUGCUUCUCAAUGCAGUCUUACUCCAACUCAAUUGAACGCUAGCAUAGAUAGCAAACCUUUACUGUAUUUUUGAACAUAGGUUUUAUAUCUAUCCCACUUUUCCAUAAAUUUUUGUUUUGGAUUGCCUCUCAACUGCGCCGUUUCAGCAAAUUCUUGUACCUUGUACUGCCAGUCCGUUAUUGUCGGGGCUUCUUGUUCCUUCCACCCCUUUGCCACCAAAGUCUGAGCUGCGGCCGUUGCAUAUAAAAACACCUCCCUAAAGGCCUUCGGGAUGUCCCUGCCAACAAUGCUUAACAGAAAUGCCUCUGGUCUUUUUAAAAAAGUUAUUCCAAACAUUUUUUUCAACUCCUCGUAAAUUAAGCCCCAGAACACUUUGAUCUUCCUACAUGUCCACCACAUAUGAUUGUUGUUGUUGAGUUGUUUAGUCGUGUCCAACUCUUCAUGUCCCCAUGGACCAGAGCACACCAGGCACUCCUGUCUUCCACUGCCUCCCGCAGUUUGGUCAAACUCAUGCUGGUAGCUUUGAGAACACUGUCCCACCAUCUCGUCCUCUGUCGUCCCCUUCUCCUUCUGCCCUCCAUCUUUCCCAACAUCAGGGUCUUUUCCAGGGAGUCUUCUCUUCUCAUGAGGUGGCCAAAGUAUUGGAGCCUCAGCUUCAGGAUCUGUCCUUCCAGUGAGCACUCAGGGCUGAUUUCCUUCAGAAUGGAGAGGUUGGAUCUUCUUGCAGUCCAUGGGACUCUCAAGAGUCUCCUCCAGCACCAGAAUUCAAAAGCAUCCAUUCUUCAGCGAUCAGCCUUCUUUAUGGUCCAGCUCUCACCUCCAUACAUCACUACUGGGAAAACCAUAGCUUUAACUAUGCGGACCUUUGUUGGCAAGGUGAUAUCUCUGCUUUUUAAGAUACUGUCUAGGUUUGUCAUUGCUUUUCUCCCAAGAAGCAGGCAUCCUUUAAUUUCAUGGCUGCUGUCACCAUCUGUAGUGAUCAUGGAGCCCAAGAAAGUAAAAUCUCUCACUGCCCCAUAUGAUACAUGUCGCCAGUACUCCCAACACACCUCCAACAAGCAUUCGCUAAGUUUUUAGACAUCUUCAAUAGUCUUGAGGUGGUGAGAUCUUUGAGGUGGUUAAAGAUCUGUGCUGCAUCUUUAACAUAUUUUCUUUGAUGUUAUAACAUGCUGUAAAAUUUCUUUUCCAAAGCUCUUCCCAUUCGGCCAUCAUUCUUGGACGUCCAAUGUCCUGCGCCCAUCUAAUCAUUGGUGCCUUAGUUGACUUCCCAGGCUCAGGGCCAGUGCACCUGCUUGGCAUGUAGAAGGAAGGCCCUGGGUUCAAAGAUCCAGGUCUGGCUGGGAGGGAUGCCCUGCCUGAAACCCUGGCGAGCCGCCUCUUGGUUUCAGCCCAAGGAGAAAACAUUGAUUUGGUAAAAGAGGCAGCGUUGCGGAGUAGCUCUUCACCUUGGGGUGCCAAGUCCUGUUGGACUCCGGUUCCCAUCAUGCCUGACCCCUGGCUAGGAGGGGGUGGAGUUGAAGACCAGCAAGAGGAACCCAAGGAAAGCCUGCUGAAUCAGGCCAGUGACCCCCCCAGUCCAGCAUCCUGUUCCCGCAGAGGCCAACCAGAUGCCCGUAACAGGAAACCCGCUAGCAGGAUUCGAACACAAGACCCCUCCUGUGGUUUCCAGCGACUGGUGUCCAGAAGCGAUGCUGCCUCUGACUGCGGAGGGCAGAGCAGAGCCAUCCUGACUGGCAGCCGCCAAUUGCUGCCCUCUCCUCCUCCAUGAAUUUGCCCGGUCCCCUUUGAAAGCCGUCCAAGUUGGUGCUUUGUUUGAAAAGGGCUCCAUUGUCCGUUUCUCAUGGUUGACUUCACUACUAAGAACAUAAGAAGAGUCUGAGGCCUCAUUGCGAUGACGCACCUCAUCACAGAAUCACAAAAUUGUAGAGUUGGAAGGGACCCCCAAGGAUAAUAAUAAUAAUAAUAAUAAUAAUAUUUUAUUUAUAUCCCGCCCUCCCCAGCCGAAGCCGGGUUCAGAGCGGCUAACAACAGUGAAAUAAUACAGCAUUCCAAAAUCAAUUCAUUAUAAAAUCAGUUCAAAUCAGAUUAAUGGCAACCAUUGGGCUAGAGUUCUGUGAGGAUUGCCAAAGGAGGGGGUCAGACUGCGCCUUGGCCAAAGGCCUGGCGGAACAGCUCUGUCUUGCAGGUCCUGUGGAAAGAUGUCAAGUCCCGCAGGCCCCUAGUCUCUUGUGACGGAACGUUCCACCAGAUCGGGGCCACAGCCGAAAAAGCCCUGUCUCUGCUUGAGGCCAGCCUAACCUCCCUGUGGCCCAGGAUCUCCAAGAUGUUUUUGUUUGAAGACCGUAAGGUCCUCCAUGGGACAUACCAGGAGAGGCGGUCCCGUAGGUACGAGGGGCCUAGGAUCAUCCAGUCCAGCCUGCAGUGGCCAGCCAGGUGAACCUAUGAAAAGCCUGCUGGAACCUCUCACUUCACCUUUUUAUCUGUUGCGGAAACCCUCUAGGAACGCAGAAUUGCUCUCAUGCUCAUAUCCUGCUCGCCAGUUUCCCACAGGCCACUUGGCUUCUUGAUCCAACAGCCUCUUCCAGUUCUCAAAGUGGCCAAUCAGAUGUCGCAAAGGGAAGGCCGCAAGCAGGAUUCGAACUCAAGAGCCCUCUCCCUCCUGGGUUUUCCAGCACCUGGGAUUCAGAAGCAUCACUGCCUCUGAGUGCCAUCCUGACUAGGAGCCACUCCUCCAUGAAUUUUCCUUAUCCAGGUUGGUUCUCCUCUCUACCUCCUGUGGCAAUGAGUUCCAUAGUUAAACAAUGUUAAGAAGCCCUUUCUCUUCGCUGCCCCGAAUCUUCCAACUUUCAGCUUCUUCUUUUAUAUAUAUAUAAAAAAAUUUAUUAGUUUUUUAACAUAUCAUUUUCAACAGUAAUUAAACAUACUUUUACAUCUUAUUCAAUUUGUUUGACUUCCAUCGGUCCUGUCUGAAAAUUUUCCAAUCCAAUCUCUUAGUAUGCAUUUCUUAUUUUCUCUAUUACAUUUCAAACUCAUAACCAAUAUCUCUAUCUUUUUCUACUUUGUAACACUUCGUAUAUUUCUCCUUACAAAACUUAUUGUAGUCCUACUAGCAUAAUUUAUUGAUUACAGUUGCUCUUCAAAUAAUUCAUAUACUUCUUCCAAUCUUCUGUAAAUCUCUGGUCCCACAGGUUUCGAAUCCUUUCUGUCGUUUUGUCCAAUUCUGCAUAGUCCAUUAUUUUUGUCUGCCAUUCUUCUUUCAUCGGAAUUUCUUCUUGUUUCCACUUCUGGGCUAACAAUACUCUUGCCGCUGUUGUUGCAUAUAAAAACAGUUUGACAUCUUGUCUAUUAACGUCUUGGCCUAUAAUUCCAAGUAAAAAUGCUUCUGGUUUUUUUUAAGAAUGUAUAUUUCAACAUCUUUUUCAUCUCGUUAUAUAUCAUUUCCCAGAAGUUCUUUACUUUCUUACAUUCCCACCACAUAUGAUAAAAUGUUCCUUGACCUUCAGCUUCACUCAAUGUGCUAGGAGAGAGGGCAAAUUUGACCGUGAAUUUGUCCAAUCCGCUUUUGAAGCCAUCCAAGUUAAUGGUCCUCACUGUCUCCUCAGGCAAGGAGUUCCACAGUUUAACUACGCGCUGCUGUAUGAAGUCUAAAGGCAGCUAUCUGAGCAGCAGCAGCAGCAGCAGCAGCAGCGUCCUUGUCUUUUUAGCUAAGCCAGCAGAAUGUGGACCUCGUGUCCUGACGGUGCAUCUUUUGCUCGCUUACUCAGCUCCUGAUUUUGCAAGAAGCAGCCCCCAGGAACACAAAGCUUACUCAUUGCUUUGGUCUGGAGGGAGGGGCAAAAAACCCAGAACGCCACAGGUUUCGAAAUCCCUGCAGCCCUACAAACGCUGUCUCCGUGUUCACAAGCACUAGGGGUGAAGAGGCAAAGUCCAGAGACCACGGGGGGCAGGAGGAAUGACGCCCCAUACUCCCAGUGCCGGAUUUCCGUAUAAGCUAAACAAGCUCUAGCUUAGGGCCCCGCUCUCUUGGGGGCCCCCAAAAAAAUUAAAGGGGAAAAACUGGAUGUACAUUUCCAAAAUUUGUUGUUGUUUAGUCGUUUAGUCGUGUCCGCCUCUUCGUGACCCCCUGAACCAGAGCACGCCAGGCCCUCCUGUCUUCCACUGCCUCCCGCAGUUUGGUCAAACUCAUGCUGGUAGCUUCGAGAACACUGUCCCACCAUCUCGUCCUCGGUCGUCCCCUUCUCCUUGUGCCCUCCAUCUUUCCCAGUAUCUGGCUCUUUUCCGGGGAGUCUCUCUUCUCAAGAGGUGGCCAAAGUCUUGGAGCCUCAGCUUCAGGAUCUGUCCUUCCAGUGAGCACUCAGGGCUGAUUUCCUUCAGAAUGGAUCGGUUUGAUCUUCUUGCAGUCCAUGGGACUCUCAAGAGUCUCCUCCAGCACCAGAAUUCAAAAGCAUCGAUUCUUUGGCAAUCAGCCUUCUUUAUGGUCCAGCUCUCACUUCCAUACAUCACUACUGGGAAAACCAGAGCUUGAACUACACGGACCUUUGUUGGCAAGGUGAUGCCUCUGCUUUUUAAGAUGCUGUCUAGGAUUGUCAUUGCUUUCCUCCCAAGAAGCAGGCAUCUUUUAAUUUGGUGACUGCUGUCACCAUCUGCAGUGAUCAUGGAGCCCAAGAAAGUAACGUUUCCAAAAUAUAAAAUAAAAAACAAAUGAAAUAAAACCUACAUACAGCAGCAGUGUUUUGUCUGUGUGUGGCCCUGUUAGGUCCAUAAAUUACCAUAUAGCAUAUACAGUAGACCAGGGGUCUGCAAGUUUUACCUCGCCUGGGCCAGUUCACUCCAGCGGACAUCCCUCCGUGGACUGGAUUCCGCAUGCACAUGAGCGCCCGUGUUUGCAAUUUCCAGCGUCUGCGCAGAUGGGAUUUUAGGUGCCGCACUGCGCUGGUUUAGCAUGAGGACUCACUGAGCGGGUGGCUCAGUUCAGGGGCAGCUUGGGGGCUGGUUAAACGACUCCCGUGGGCCACUUGUGGAUUUAACCUCAGGAUUUAACCUCCUUCCGUCGGGCCUGUAAGACAGAGCUAUUCUGCCUGGCCUUUAAUUUGAAUUCAGCCUGAUCUUUUAUUUCCCUUCUCUUUCCUCCCCCUCUCCUUUUAUGAAGAUCACCUGCUCUGAGACCCCACAGCUAAUUCUCCCCUGACCUCCUCUCUGGCCCAAGUAGGACCAAUUCAGCCAGUUAGGCCUGGGGAUUAUCUAAUUGAUUUUUGAAUUUUAUUGUUAUUCAUGUUUUUGUACUGUAUUUUAUGCUGCUUUUACAAUUAAGUGUUUUAAAGUGUUAUAAAUUUGUUGUUAGCCGCCCUGAGCCCGGUUUUUGAACUGGGAAGGGCGGGGUAUAAAUAAAAAUUUAUUAUUAUUAUUAUUAUUAUUAUUAUUAUUAUUAUUAUUGUGGCCCAUGGGUCUUAGGUUGCCAACCCCUGAAGUAGAUCCUCGGCUUACGUUACCCUCAGGUAACGUAAACUUUGGGUUGCGAAAGCAGCAAACCCGGAAGUAUAUUUCCGAGUUUUGCCACUCACGCAUGUGCAGAAGUGCUCUCAGCACCACGCACAUUACCUUCCAGGUUCCCAUUACCUUCAGUAGCUGAGGGCCUCAUCCAACCUCAAUCCAGCCCUGCACACUCCCCAAAUCAGCCUUCAGCAAGCUAGUUACCCACCAGUUGUUUUGGACAGCAAUGGCUCCGUAGAGGAAGAACACAUAAUCAUAGAACUGUUGGGAGGGACCCAGGGGUCAUCUAUCCCAACCCCGUGCAAUGCAGGAAUCUCGAAUUCAGCAUCUGUGAGCCGUGUUCUUACGGCUGAGGAACUGCUGUGCGCUUUCCCUGAGAGACGUCUCGACCAGCCUUGCGACGCGGAGCAUCUCCUUGCCUUUCAUUUCUGGCAGAGAUGAAUGGCAGGCCGGACAUCCGAUCUGCGGCAGACUCUGCCUUCUUUGUUAUAUCCAGGUCUCCGGUUCCAGGAACCUGGCAGGCGCUUGGCGUGACGUCAGCCGACAGACACCGCAGCCCUGCCUUUGCUCCUCGGCUGGGGGGCAAGUCCAGGCACAGAGCGAGAAGCCGGCACUGAAACAAUUCCUUUCCACCUGCUUCGUACUGCUCUAACACCGAACCAUCUUAGGCAAAGGCAAAGCAAUGGCCUACGCGGCCAUCGGCUCGGGAUUCUUUAGUUAUGAUUUCUGCUUUGCAGCGGGUUGGACUAGAUGACCCCUGGGACCCCGUUCCGCUGGGUUCCAUACCUGGGAGGCCUCCAGGUACCCUGCUGCUGUUAGGAACCAGCCUUCCCUAACCUGGUGCCAACGUUUUGGACUUGUCUGCACAGUUUCCUUGCUGAAACUCUCCCAUGUAUUCUGUUUUGGACAGACCUGGUAUACAGCUUGAUACUCUAAAAUUAAUUGAUUUUUAAGAAGGUAAGAACAAACUGACCUAAAAAAAUAUAUUCAAAAGGCAGCAUUUUAAAAUAUGCAUUCUAAGAUAUUAUAGCAAGGAUUAUUAGGUUUUCGAGGUACUGAAAUCUGUGUGAGACCCCAGAUUCCAUUUUGGGGGGUGGGCCUCCGCCCAUUAUACCUGAAGGAGCAUCCACGCCCAUCGUUCUGCCCGGACAUUGAGGUCCAGCUCUGAGGGCCUUCUGGUGGUUCCCUCUCUGCGAGAAGCGAGGAUACAGGGAACCAGGCAGAGGGCCUUAUUGGUGGUGGUGCCCGCCCUGUGGAAUGCCCUCCCACCAGAUGUCAAAGAGAAAAACAACUACAGUGGACGCUCGCUUUGCGAACGUGAUCCGUGCAGGAUGCACGUUCGCAACCCGCAGCGUUCACACCCUGCGUCUGCGCACACGCAGGUUGCGAUUCGGCACUUCUGCGCAUGUGCAAAGCAUGGUUUAGCACUUCUGUGCAUGCGCGACUGCCAAAACCCGGAAGUAACCCGUUCCGGUACUUCUGGUUUUGGUGGUCCACAACCCAAAAAAAUGCAACCUGAAGCAGCUGUAACCCGAGGUAUGACUGUACCAGACUUUUAGAAAACGUCUGAAGGUGGCCCUGUUUAGGGAAGCUUUUAAUGUUUGAUGUUUUAUCAUGUUUUUAAUAUUCUGUUGGGAGCUGCCGAAAGUGGCUGGGGUAAACCCAGCCAGGUGGGCAGGGUAUAAAUAGUAAAUGAUGAUGAUGAUGAUGAUGAUGAUGAUGAUGAUGGAAGCCCAAGGAGGUGUGUGUGGCAGGUUCUGACCAAUGCCCCUCUUUUUCAGGUGGGCAGACAGGCUGAGCGCGCGAGGAUGCAAUGCCACGAGCGAAGAGCACACCUUCCAGCAUCCCUUCCUCCAGGUACUGCCAGAUGGAUUCUGUCUGCUUCCACGUGACGUAGAGGCUUCCAUCCUCCUUUGAUUCCGUAUCUGCCCAUUUUGGCCCUGGGGUGCUCCCCCAAAAUGGCCAGGUUGCUGGCAGGGGCUCCCUUCAGAUCCCACAUAACCCCUGUUUUGAAUCAGGUGUGCUGGCCGCCGGUUUCUUUCUACGCACGAUUCAGGGAGCUCACGUCAGUGUUCAAAGCCCUAAAUGAACAUAGCUGUCAACUUUUCCCUUUUCUUGCAAGGAAUCCUAUUCGGAAUAAGGGUAUUUCCCAUUAAAAAAGGGAAAAAUUGACAGCUAUGUAAAUGGAUCAGGCCCCCCACAUACCUGAAAGUCUCCUCCCCGAGAUCAGCAGAGGGACUCUCUUGGUCAGGGAUCGGCAACAUGCGGCCCACAAAGACCAUUUUACCGGCCCACAAGCCACCCCUGAGCCAAGCCGCCCACUCAGCGAGUCCCUCGCACGCUGCUUUAAACCGGCGCAUCGUGGCGCAGGGACUCACCAAGCGGCACUGGAAACUGCGUCUGCGCACACACAGCUACUGGAAAUCACGUCUGUGCAUGCCCAGACGCCGAAAAUCCCUUCUGCGCAGGCGCAAUUUUUGGCGUCUGCGGCAGUCUGGCUCACGGACGAUCUGCCAUGGCCGGUAAACCUUGCUGACCCCUGCCCUUGGUCAUGGGUAGGCAAACUAAGGCCCGGGGGCCAGAUCUGGCCCAAUCCGGCCCGUGGACUGUCCGUGAAUCAGCAUCUUUUUACAUGUGUAGAAUGUGUCCUUUUAUUUAAAAUGCAUCUCUGGGUUAUUUGUGGGGCAUAUUAAUUCGUUCAUCUCCCCCCCUCCGAAAUACAGUGGUACCUCUGGAUACGAACGGGAUCCGUUCUGGAGCCCGUUCGCAUCCUGAAGUAAACGUAAGACGUGACUGCGCAUCUGUGCGGGUCGCGUUUUGCCACUUCCGUGCAUGUGCAUGACAUCAUUUUGUGCGUCUGCGCUUGCGCGAGCGGCCAAACCCGGAAGUAACACGCUCCGUUACUUCUGGGUCACCGCGGAGCGCAACCCGAAAAUAUUCAUCCCGAAGCUACUUCAACCCGAGGUAUGAUUGUAUAGUCCGGCCCCCCAGAAGGUCUGAGGAACAGUGGACCGGCCCCCGGCUGAAAAAGUUUGCCAAGCCCUGUCCUAGAAGCACAGAGCUACAGAGUUUGGAAGCGACCCCCUAGACUGUGGAAAUCAUGUUGCUGAUCUGCUACUGGUCAUGAUCCAGAAAGCUCACAGACCCCCUUUCUUGCCUCCCAGGCCGUGGGCAUGUUCCUGGGGGAGUUCUCCUGUCUGGCUGUCUUCUACCUCCUGCUCUGCAAUGACCGGCGGAGGCCAGAGCCCACCAUGGACCCCCCUCAGUCCUACAACCCUCUCCUUUUCCUGGGUCCAGCCCUGUGCGACAUGACAGGGACUAGCCUCAUGUAUGUGGGUAAGUGAUGCCUGGCGGUUGCUUUCUCCUCUGCGAAAACUUGGGCAUGUGGAGAGCCAUGCUGGCAAUCUCUCUUUCUCACAAACUCACAUUUUUCAAGGAAAGGAGGAGCAGAAACGCUUGCAAAUACAUCUCUUAAUAUUUGUAGUAUUUACUGCGAUUUCCUAUGCCUGGACUGGGUAAGGAAGUGUAAAACCAGCCUGUCCCGAUGCAGUUCUUUCCUUGCUAAGCAAACACAAGCUCUGCAGAUCUUUAAAGUUAAUAGAAGGCCCAGUAAAAACGAAGAGUCUUUUGGAGGGGGGUGGGACACACAGAUGUUGCUGCAGCAAUUUAAAAACUAGGGGUCAGCGCAGUUUUCCCAGUAGUUUUAGAGGAGGAUUUUUACUCAGGAUAGAUCUUCGGUCUGUUCCCCAUUGCAUGCCCCCAUGCAGCGGCGUAGCGUGGGUUGUCAGCACCCGGGGCAAGGCAAGUAAUUUGCGCCCCCUAACCCCUAACCUGCCGCCGCUGCCAGCUUCUUCUUGCUGCUGCCUGGUCUGGUCUGGUGUGGUUCUCUCCCGCGCUCAGCGCUGCGCUGGGCGUCCACUGCACUGUCCCUCCCCCAGAUAGUCCCUCGCUCUCUCUCCGCACCGCACGCCUGGCACCCACCCCCUCCACAGUGGGCGGCGACCCAGUGGCUCGGAUCGGAUACGCACAGCCAGCACUGCAGUGAGAGAGAGUGAGUGAGCCAGGUAGGGGCAAAGAGCUGCGAGUGCGAGCGCCCCCCCCAGAUGUUGCGCCCGGUGCGGCCAGCCCCCCUGCACCCCCACGCUACGCCACUGCCCCCAUGGCCCCCCUUUAUUUCCCCAUCCCCUCUCAUCCUUUUAUAUAUAUAUAUUUAUUUAUUAUAAAAGGAUGAGAGGGGAGGGAAAAUUUCAAAUUUAUUUACGGUGGUAAAUAAAGUUCGCGAACUGGAACACUAAACAGGGCUGCCUUCAGAUGUAUUCUAAAAGUCAGAUAGUUGUUUAUUUCCUUGACAUCUGGUGGGAGGGCAUUCCACAGGGCUGGCACCACCACCAAGAAGGCCCUCUGCCUGGUUCCCUGUAACCUCACUUCUCGCAGGGAGGGAACCGCCAGAAGGCCCUCGGCACUGGACCUCUGUGUCCGGGCAGAAUGAUGGGGGUGGAGACGCUCCUUCAGGUCAACUGGGCCGAGGCCGUUUAGGGCUUUCAAGGUCAGCACCAACACUUUGAAUUGUGCUCGGAAACGUACUGGGAGCCAAUGUAGGUCUUUCAGGACUGGUGUUAUAUGGUCUCGGCGGCCGCUCCCAGUCACCAGUCUAGCUGCCGCAUUCUGGAUUAGUUGUAGUUUCUGGGUCACCUUCAAAGGUAGCCCCACGUAGAGCGCAUUGCAGUAGUCCAAGCGGAAGAUAACCAGAGCAUGCACUACUCUGGCGAGACAGUCCGUGGACAGGGAGGGACUCAUCCUGCGUACCAGAUGGAGCAGGUAGACAGCCGCCCUGGACACAGAAUUGACCUGCACCUCCAUGGACAGCUGUGAGUCCAGAAUGACUCCCAGGCUGCGCACCUGGUCCUUCAGGGGCACAGUUACCCCAUGCAGGACCAGGGAGUCCUCCAUACCUGCCCACCCCAUCCCCCAGAAACAGUACUUCUGCCUUGUCGGGAUUCAUCCUCAAUCUGUUAGCUGCCAUCCAUCCUCCAACCUCCAAAACAAUCCAGAGCAAACUCUUCCUGUGUCUGAUACCAAAUAUCUCUCCUUGAAUUAUUUCCUCCUCCGCCCCCCCUUUCCCCCCUUCCAGCUCUGAACAUGACCAGCGCGUCCAGCUUCCAGAUGCUGCGAGGAGCCGUGAUCAUCUUCACUGGCCUGCUCUCGGUGGCCUUCCUCGGACAGAAGUUGGUGCUCAGCCAGUGGCUAGGCAUCCUGAUCACCAUCGUAGGGCUGGUGGUGGUGGGCUUGGCAGACCUGAUGAGCAACGGAGACCAUGAGCACAAGCUCAGCGAGGUCAUCACAGGUACGGCAGGGCGGGGAGAGCCAAAGGGGGGUCCCCAAUACCAGGAGGACGGCUCUGCUGGCCUCCUGCAGCGCUCCUUUCCUUCGGGGUCCUUGCUUCUCUCUCCCGCUCCUAAUUCUGUCGUUCUCAGAUUGGUGGGUACCAACAGAACUUCACAUCUUAUACAAUAAUUUUUGGACUUCCAUCAACACCUCUGAUGAUUUUUCGUUGUCAUCGCUUAUUAUGCAUUUCUUAAUUUCAUAUUGCCUUUAAUUAUCUUCAACUAAUAAUUCUCCUCAUUGUCUUUUGUGCAAUAUUUCAAAUAAUUCACUUUACAAAACUUCUUGCAGACCGACUAGCGUAAAUGUGUCCAUCACAAUUACUUUUCAAAUAGUCUGUAAAUUUACUCCAGUCUUCCGGCGAAUCUCUGGUCCUGCGGGUUUCGAAUCCAGGGUCAAAUAAAUUCAUCUCCUCCACAGUUGGGGGCUACCUUGGGUAUAUAAUUUGCUCUGAUUUUCCUAGCGGCAGUCGCAAAGAGUGCUACAUGCCAGGUCACAUACUUAUCUGUGUCUGCGAGGGUUAAGGUUAGGGGGAGUGGGGGCGCCAGGCCCUUUCAGAACUGCCCAGACUCCCCUUUUCUCUCCUGCAGGGGACCUUCUGAUCAUCAUGGCCCAAGUGAUUGUCGCCAUCCAAAUGGUGCUGGAACAGAAGUUUGUCUACAAGCACAACGUCCACCCCUUGCAGGCUGUGGGCACGGAAGGUGAGCAAGCAAGCAGGCGCUGGGGGAGCGGAUUGGGGGCUUUAUUUCUAGGACUUCUCUCCCUUCUCCAUCAUUCUGCCCGGACACUGAGGUCCAGCUCCGAGGGCCUUCUGGCAUUUCCCUCCCUGUGAGAAGCCAAGUUACAGGGAACCAGGCAGAGGGCCUUCUUGGUGGUGGCACCCGCCCUGUGGAAUGCCCUCCCACCAGAUGUCAAAGAGAGAAACAACUACCAGUCACACAAUCAAUCAUUCGGUAGCUGAACUGGGUACCACACAGUAACAAAAACAAAACAAAUACGCAAAAUAAAUAGCAAAAACAGACAGACCUCAGCGUAACACUCAAAACGGAAGUGUGGCACUCAAGUUAGAAGCGUAACACUCAAAUGGGAGCACAUUCAGCUUCCAAAAAAAGUUGGCAAACCGGAACACUCACAGUGGAUUCUCGGGUUGCGAACGUGAUCCAUGCAGGAUGCAUGUUCGCAACCCGCAGCUGCACGUUUGCGCACGCACGGGUUGCAAUUCGGCACUUAUACGCAAAGCACGAUUUAGUGCUUCUGCGCAUGUGCCACCCCCGGAAGUAACCCGUUCCGGUAGUUCCGGGUUUCGGCAAGUCCGUAACCCGAAAAAAUGCAGCCUGAAGCGUCUGUAACCCGAGGUAUGACUGUACUUCCGGGUUUGCAUUGUUUGGGUUCCAAGUUGUUUGAGUACCAAGGCGUUUGAGAAGCAAGGUACCACUGUUCUGGCUAUGUGCAUAUCAUUCAUUACUGGUUACAUGCAGCUCAUUCAAUAGCCACCCCCUCCCAACGCCUCCCUUUCUCAAAACUAUGUCCAAAAUCAAAGAAGGUCCCCAGCCCUAUCACUUUCUCAUAACUAACUGAUUAGGACAUUAAAGGCUGUUCUCAUGCCAUCAAAGAACUUACCGUAUUUUUCGCUCUUUAAGACACACUUUUUCUCUCUUAAAAAGUAAGGGGAAAUGUGUGUGCGUCUUAUGGAGCGAAUGCAGGUUGUGUGGCUAUCCCAGAAGCCAGAACAAUGAGAGGGAUUGCUGCGCAGCAAUCCCUCUUGCUGUUCUGGCUUCUGGGAUAGCUGUACGCAGCCUCUUCCUGGCAGGGGAAGCCUUCAUCCCGCUGCCCUGAAGAGGCUUCGCGUGGCUAUCCCAGAAGCCAGAACAGCAAGAGGCUAUCCCAGAAGCCAGAUCCCUCUUGCUGUUCUGGCUUCUGGGAUUCAGAAUAUAUUUUUUCUUGUUUUCCUCAUCCAAAAACUAGGUGCGUCUUAUAGAGCGAAAAAUACGGUAACAAGAGACAGGGACAGGGAAGGAACAGAGGCAGGAAGGAUAACCAUGUCAGAUCACUAACCCCUCGAAAUACCAUUUAUCUUCUGGAUAGAUCGCCCAUACAGUGGGCGGGUCUUUGUUUCAGUCUACACCUCUCGUUCGGUUAGUUGACGGAAAGCCAUGGCCCACGUCCCCCUUUCUGAGCACCUCUUUCUCCUCCCUGCUCAGGGUUUUUUGGCUUCCUCAUCCUCUCCCUCCUGCUGGUCCCCAUGUACUUCAUCCCGGCGGGCAGUUUCGGGAGCGGACCACGCCGCGUCCUGGAGGACGCCCUGGACGCCUUCUGCCAGAUCGGCCGGGCGCCACUCAUCGCCGUGGCGCUGCUGGGCAACAUCAGCAGCAUCGCCUUCUUCAACUUUGCCGGCAUCAGCGUCACCAAGGAGAUCAGCGCCACCACCAGGAUGGUGCUGGACAGCCUGCGCACGGUGGUCAUCUGGGCCGUCAGCCUGGCUGUGGGCUGGGAGGUCUUCCAUGCCCUCCAGAUCCUCGGCUUCUUCAUCCUCCUGCUGGGCGCCGCCAUCUACAACGGCCUCCACCAGCCCCUGCUGGCACGGCUGCCCUGGAGGAGGGCAGCGGAUGCAGAUGCAGAUAGGGAGGGUCUCUUGGCCGCGGAUGGAGCCUCCAUCAACGGAGACAGCUGACCGCCAAGCAGUGCCCUUGCCCGCUCCAGAGCUUGGCCAGACCUCUGCUGAGCGAGCUGGCCAGCUUCUCAGGCUGGAGCACGAGACUGGCUUGGGGGUCUGCGUUGCCGUGAAAUGUCGAGACGUUGCUCUGCCGCCUGGCUCCUUGAGCAACUGCCAAGGAGAUGCCCUCUGCUAUUGCUUGACCACAUCUCUCAUCGUCCCUGGCCGUGAUGGGAGCUGGAGCUCCAACGUGAGCUCAACAUUGCCUGCUUUAAGCAAUUGGUUGAGGGUUUUCUGUCGCUGGCUGGUAGGCCUUCAGAAAUCGGCGUGUGAGACAUCUCUGGGCAGCUCGACUCCCAGACUGAAUCGGCUUGCUUUGUGGGACCCCUAACGCCUUCCGGGACUUCGUCCUUUCCCCCAACUUCCUUCACCCAAAGGUGAUAAGGGAGGCCAUUGCAGUGAGGUUUCCCAACAACCCUUUCCUUGAAAGAGUUCCCUCUUUCCGCCCCUUCUGCUAAACAAAAUAUUGCUAUUUGCUCUCAUCCCCACCCAAAAGGAUGCCCAGAGUGGUCCAGAGUCCAGAACUCUCCUCGGCACUAUUUCCCAGAAUCCCCUCUGAUGCGACAACAAAGUCUAAGCUCCCCCAGGCUGGCCGCCUCCAAGGUAUUUCAGACAGCAGCACCAUUUGGGCUGCAGCGGAUGGAAGUUGUCGCCCCAAAAAUCUCGAAAGGGGGUCCCAGGCUGAUGAAGUCUGCUCUAACUUGGCAGUUCGAUGUUGUUUUUCCCCACUGGGUCUGUUCCAAACCUCCCUAAGAAAAGCAAAUGAGCAUCUUUUUCUUAGGCCUCCCCUGUUUCUAUCACACUUGGGGUUCUGCAGGAGGCGACGCCACAGAUCGGGCCCCUUGAGGCUAGAGUUCAAAUCAGUGGCAUGGGAAUCACUUAACAGCCCUCACACCAGCGGCACUGGGCGCAGUUGUGGGUGACCUGAGAGUCCUUUGCCCUGUGGCACGGCGGGUCGCUGGGCCUUGCCUAUCAGAUCAGCUUUGGGCUGCCAAAAUUACUGGGGGAACCCAUUGAUAGGGGCUCCUUCCCCGACGGCUCCCUUAGCAUACUCAAGAGUAGGCAGCACCCCGGUUCCUUCGUCCGUCAUGUGACGGAAUAUUCCCCCUCGUCCUGAGCAUUUUGGAGGGGGCCCAGAAAGCUCACUCCUCAACCCUCUCCUGAUUCUGUUCGGAGCCUGCGAAAUGUGUUGCCCCCCAGCUAUCGAGAGUCCUGGGACCUCUUAAUUUCCCACUGCUAGCAAGGUGAAGGCGAGAGCUAAAGUCUUGCCCAGUUGUAGGGGACUUAAGAGGGCUCUCUGGUGCCAUUUUGGGGUUCGGUCGUAUGGAGGGCACCCCUCACUUUAGCAUCCAAGCCAUGAACACAGCUGGUCUAAGCUGCGCAGCCAGGAUCCGUCUCCUCGACAAAGUUCUCAGAUGCUGAGCAGACCCACUUCGGUGCUAUGGGGGAUGAGAGGGAGGGAUGGGCUUGUCUUUGCCUUGGGACUAUGAACAAGAAUGCAUUUAUUCACCAAUAAAAACUUUCUCAUCGUAAGGCCGUUUCUAAAAAAAAAA